AUGUACAAGCGCUAUGGUUGCGACGCGUCCGGCGUUACUGGGGGAGUCACUGGUGUUGCUUUUGGCUCAACAACAGCUGGAACAACCGCAAGUACAAUGGGUGCGACUACUGGUGGCAGUACAUUUGGUGGUGGAGUGACGUCUGGCGUUACAUCUGGGCUGUCGGGUGAUACCACCGGCGGCACAACGGGCGGCACAACUGGAACCACUGGAACCACUGGUACCACUGGAACCACUGGAACCACUGGCGUUAGUGGUUAUACGAGCGGUGAGAGCACGGGUGGCACAAGCGCCGUUUCUGGAGACACCAGUGGCACGACCGGAGGUACAUCCGGUACUACGGAAAACAUUGCAAUGUAG